GAGCUGAAUCCGAUUCCAGACCAGCCACAUUGAUCGGUUAUCAUAUAAAGCAUAUUAAUGGGAAGAGUAUCCUUCUUACCAUUAUCAACUGUCCUCGCAGGCUAGCACCAAAUUGUUUCUUUCAGCUCGGACAUCAAUUUGUUCUCCCAGUCCCAGGUGAAGGGAAUAAGACUCGUAAGGUCCAUGGCUGAGUCUGCUGCUGCUGCUGGGAAGAAGCUUAUCCGCGUGGAUGUGAGUUCAGACACUAUAUGCCCAUGGUGUCUUGUGGGGAAGAGAAACCUGGACAAAGCUAUAGCUGCCUCCAACGACAGAUUCAAUUUUGAGGUCAGAUGGCACCCUUUUUUCCUCCAUCCUUCUUUACCUAAAGAAGGGAUGAACAAGUUGCAAUUUUAUAAGGACCUUUGUGGACCUCGAGUUGAUGGAGUUGUAGCAAGGAUGACUGAGGUCUUCAGAGGCAUUGGUCUCAACUAUAACUUAUCGGGCCUCACGGGAAACACUCUAGAUAGCCAUAGGCUUAUAUAUUAUGCUGGAAAGCAGGGUUCUGAUAAGCAAAAUGACCUUGUGGAGGAGCUGUUCCUUGGCUACUUCACUCAGGCUAAGUACAUUGGAGAUAGGUAAUGUUCAACUGUUUAUGUGGUUUAGCAAGCCUAAUUCCUUCACUGGCUUCAUAAACUUCAUUCAGAGUUCUAACUUGAGAUUGUGGUGAUCUUUAGGUGCAUCUUCAUUUAUAUAUAUUAGCCAUGAAUCCUGUAUGUUCCUUUUGUGUUCAUGCUUUGAUCGGCUUAUUUUGCACUUGUGCAAAUAAUCUUUUCGAUGUUGCUUGUCUUUAGCUGCGUAAAGCUAGAUCACCUAGAGUGACACUUCAGUUUGAAUAGCACUGUAUAAAUUGGAGUUGGCAAUUGGUCAGAAUCAAACAAUAAAAGUAUCACAAGAGUGUAUGUGCUUCCUUUUUUCCUCUAUUGCUUAUCUAGCAAGGCAAUCAAUGUUGCAGAGAAUUUCUUUUGGAAUGUGCUCAGAAGGUUGGCCUAGAAGGAGCAGCCGAAUUUCUCGACGAUCCCAAUAAUGGGCUUCAAGAGGUGAUGGAAGACCUAGACAAGUACUCCUCAAACAUUACCGGAGUCCCAUACUACGUGCUGAAUGGGAAGGUCAAGUUGAGUGGUGGACAGCCACCAGAGGCAUUCCUGAGAGCUUUUGAGGCUGCUGCAAAUUGAUGAGCUGAUAUUACAGCCCCUGACAAGAGUCUAUGUAUGUGUGUAUCAAUAAAGGAGCUACAUUAAACUCUCAAAUUCAGCCGCACAAGAAUUCUCUAAUCGUGUGUUAUGAAUUAAGGACCUACACCUACAUAUAAUUAUGUGAAAUAACGAGAGGUUGCCAGCCUGCGUGAGUUGGUGUGCUUAAUGUAUGUACACAAUAAUCCCACUCCGACAGGAAAGUUCCUUCUUUUGGUUGAUUGAUGAAUAAAAGGAAAGGAAUAAUAGUGUUUGUGUUCAUACCCUGCUUCUUUAAUAGUCAGCUACGCGGGACAUGAAAAGGUGAGACAUCUGAUGUAUAAAAUAUAAGUGGGAAUCAGAGAAGCAGUCUUUGACAGACGGAGAAAAAGUCUUCCAGUUAUGGGGGCUGAAAAAGUCAAACUUGGCACCAAACAAGUCCUUACAUAAGAGGAAAACGCAUGUUCUCCUUCUCAUUCUGCUCUUUAUGUGGUUCCUGCUGCCUUGCCUCCAGAGAAGUCUCAAAUCUUCUUCCAGAAAAAAGAAUAGAUUCUUGGGCGCCAUGGCUACCAACUCUGGGAAGAAUCUGAUAAGAAUUGAUAUAAGUUCAGACACUGUAUGUCCAUGGUGCUUUGUUGGCAAGAAAAACUUGGACAAAGCCAUAGCUGCCUCUAGUGACAGAUUUGAUUUCGAGAUUAGAUGGCAUCCAUUUCAGCUGUAUCCUGAUGCCCCAAAGCAAGGAGUGAACUUGUUACAGUUCUACAGAGGAAGGUUUGGAGGCGGAAUCGAUGGAAUGAUGGCUCGCAUGUCUGAGAUCUUCAGGGGACUUGGGAUGAACUAUGAUGUUUCCGGGCUAACGGGAAGUACUAUGGACAGCCACAGGCUGAUGUAUUUAGCAGGUGAGCAAGGGCUUGACAAACAGCACAAGCUUGCUGAGGAACUCUUCCUUGGAAACUUCACACAGGCCAAGUACAUUGGAGACAGGGAAUUCCUGCUGGAAUGUGCUGAGAAGGUUGGAUUAGAAGGUGCGGCCGAGUUCCUCGAUGACCCCAAUGCUGGACUGAAACAGGUAAAUGAGGAUCUGGAGAAGACAGUGGUUAGAGGAGUGCCCUACUAUGUGAUUAACGGGAAGCACAAGUUGAGUGGAGCACAGCCACCAGAAGGUUUCCUGCGAGCUUUCGAAGUUAUUGCCAAAUCAUAAGUCUGCAACCAGAUUGCUAGCUGUUUCCUUGUACUUUCAUAUUUCAGAAACCAGAAAUUACAGUUAAUAAAUGAAAUUUUUGGGCUGGAUUCGUGCUCUGGUGAUAUGAUGAUGGCCCUUCUUAGCCCCUUUGCUCUAGUGUAUGUGAUUGUCGCUUAUGCUGCAAAGUUUAGAGCUCUC